AUGCUGCGUUUACCGUAUACCUUGGAGACUUUUCAAUUAACUAGAUUUAUUUCUACAACAUCACAUUUAUCAAAAAAUAAAGCAGGAAAAUUAAAGUCCACUCCAUUUAAAACACAAUUAGCAACUUAUGAAAUGGCUCAAAAACCACAUCAUUUAGGAUCCAGAAAAGCAUGGCUUUCCUGGCAUACACAUAAUUUAGAAGAAUUUCGUAAAUCACAAGGAAGUAUCUUAGCACAAGAUGAAAUAAUAAGACGAUUCAUUCGAGGCAUCUUUCCACAAAAUGUACCAUUUAGUGCAAAUGAAUUGGUAAUUAAAAGGAGAGGAAAUUCUAUUAUUAUAGCUGGUUUUUUUGUAAUAUCCACCAAACUUUUAUCCAUUAAAGAAUUUUAUUGGAAGUUUGGGUUUGCAGAAGAGUUUUUAAGUAUUUUAUUAAAACAACCAGUUACAUUAGAAAUUCAGUUUGUUGAUAAUGAACAUGAAUUGGCAUAUGUUUAUCUUUAA